AUGCCAUCAUUAGUUAAGGUAAAAUUUUCGUUUCAUGGUUCCCUCGGAUUGAUGCAUCAACUUCUGUCAAGUAUGCCUAAUCUGGAACAUUUAACGAUCGAAAUAUGGAAUGAAUAUAUGAAUGGUUAUCGAUGGGAAGAAAUCAUUGCCAAUCAUUUGCCUCGGCUUACGGUGUUUCGAUUCAAAAUGGAAUAUGAAGCUCACGGUGAUGAUAAUUUUAGUGAAGAAGCCAAUAAAUUACUCAACUCAUUUAGAACAUACUUUUGGCUUGAAGAACAUCAGUGGUUUGUGCAAUGUCAUUGUAAUGACGGAGACGACUUGAGAUUUAUCCAUGUUUUCACUUUACCUUACGCAUUCGUCGAUUAUCCUAGUCAUACGAUUGGUGUCCUCUCAAAAUCGACUUACCCACAUGAUGAUGAUCAUUUGUCAUAUGAUCGUGUACGCAAUAUUCAUUAUCUCUCACGCUCAUUCAAAGACUUGGCACAGCCCCAUAUUUACUUUCCAAAUAUUCAUCACCUUUGCGUACGAUUACCUGCCAGUAAUCAGUUUUGGUCUGUUAUUCCGAGAUUCGAUCAAUUGAAGUCGCUUGUAGUUUGGAUGAAUGACUUGCUUUCACUUCAAAUCUUGAUGAACAAAGCGCCUAAUCUCUAUUCGAUCGUGUUUGCCUCAUCGUCGAUAUCACACAUAUCACUACUUGAGUGUACCAAUCUGUCAGUUCGUCGGCUUGACUUCCAAUCAGAUAAUCACUAUUUCAACGAUGAACAAUGUGUUGACUUGAGCCAUUCAUCGCUCGGCUGUAAAUGCGAAGUGCUUCGAAUUCGAGUUGCUAAUCGAAUCAAUAUACUUACUCUUAUUGACGUCAUGCGCAGUCUUCGAGCGUUGAGUGUUCAAUCACAAGACGACCAGUGGAUGUAUGACGACGAUCCAUCAUCCCUUUUCGCAUCAAAAGACGAACUUGUCGAAUGGCUGAAACAACAUUUGUCCACUAUGCACACGAUAAACAGAGACGCUACUGGCGAGAUUCGACUGUGGAUUCAUCGAUCAAGUGAUCAUUAACAUUCACCGUGUAACUAAAAGAACUUCCUUCCUAUACUUUGCAAAAUGCCUGUAGACCGAUAUUAUUUACAGCCAUGAUUUUUCUCUAAAUCGCUAGCUGAAACGUAAUUGAAAGUGAGUAUUGAAGCUAAGAAUCGUGUGGGUGUGGGUGUGGCUGUGGAUGUGGGUGUGGAUAUUCUCUUCACGGAUACUCACACCCACACCCACACCCACACCCACACCCACACCCACACCCACACCCACACCCACACCCACACCCACACCCACACCCACACCCCCACCCACACCCCC